CAGUGGGUUAAAUCUAUCAAUCGAAAAAACCCUAAAACAGGGAAAAACUGGCAGCCAAGCGAAGACGACAGGGUUUGUUCCAAACAUUUUGUGGAUGGACAACCUACCAUAGAUCAUCCAUGUCCUACUGUCGAUAUGGGGUACAACUACCAACCGAAAAAACAUCAGGUAAGAGCAGCCCGCAAAACGAGAACUAUGCAGAAGUUUACACAAUACAGCCCCGCAGAAAAAAAAUCUAAAACUGAGGUAGAGCAAACUGAUGUCAAAGGUGAUGGUUCAGGUGAAGCUGAACUUAAACAAAAUGUUGACAAUUUGAAUAAAAGCAUUAAACAUGAUCACGACUGUAUCUAUGUGUGCGAUUGUGUUGAGAAUUGCAUUUGCUCAGGAUGCUUUAAGAAACAGAAAGUUAUUGAUAGACUGCAGUUGGAAUUGGAAGGCCUCAAAACCGAAAAUGCUCUU